GACUUUCCUGUUUGGAAAAGAUUUUUCUACUCUUUUCUCUGUUGAAACAUGCAUUCAGUUAUUUCACCUUGCAGUAACUCAGAUAAGUUGGAAUGUGUUUAAACUAGAUUUACUUCUUAAAAAUAAAAGGUGGAAUGUGAAAUACACAAUAUAUUUUCUACAGCUUAGUUCCUGUUUAUGUCUCUCAGGAAAUUUUGAGGGAAAUUUCUCUGAUGCACUCUGGGCAAUCACUGUAUGCUUACUGGAUACAUAAUGCAUUUUUUUCUUAUUUUAGGUUUAAUGGUUUCAUCUAAUGCACAAAACAAUGAGACAACACCAAAUCGCUGUGAUGUGGUCAGUACUGUCCAGUUCAUGACUCCUUGCACAUCCUGUGCUGCAUCACCAACUGUGCUGUGUCCCAGAGGCUCACGCAAAACAACAAAGAACAUUGGAAUCAGAGACUGCAGUUAUUCCAUAGAACAGGCAGGCAAGAGCAUUACCCUGCCUGGGUGCAGACACUCCUGUGAGAAGACUAUUACUGAGCACAGGUGUUGUCCAGAUUACUGGGGUCCUGACUGUCUACCAUGCCCCAGCUGGUCAGGCAGAACAUGUAAUUGGCAUGGCACCUGCAUGGAUGGAGCCACAGGCAAUGGAGCAUGCAAGUGUGAGGAUGGAUUCUCUGGCAUUGCAUGUCAAGAGUGUAAGAAUAAAAAUACUUAUGGAGAGUAUUGUAAUUCAGAAUGUGACUGUGGCGGUAUGAUGUGUGACACUGGCCCCAGUGGAACAGGAAUGUGCUUUUGUCAGGCUUCAAUCAGUGGACCAAACUGCAAACAAGAGAAUCCAGCCUGUCUCCAGCUGAACUGUAACACCUACUCAUUUUGUGUGGUACAUGGAUCUACAGUAGCCUGUGAAUGUAUUCCUGGCUUUGAGAAGGUUGGAAAGAUAUGCACAGAUAGGAAUAUUUGCUCGAAGAAUGUCUGUGAUCGGAAUGCUGAGUGCAUCUAUCAUGGACCACAGAAAUAUGAUUGCAUAUGUAAAACUGGUUAUGAAGGAGAUGGCAAAGUUUGUAUCCCUGUAAACCCUUGUGCCACGGACAAUGGAGGGUGUCCUACCAACUCAACCAACUGUGUAUUUAUAGGCCCUGGCAAGUCUCGUUGUGCUUGUAAGAGCGGAAUGGAAAGGUCAACACCAACUGCUGGCUGCACACUGAGGUCUGCAUGCAUUGAAAAAUCCUGUCACAAAAGUGCAACGUGUGAAACCGGCCAGGAUGGUACAGCCAGCUGUGUUUGUCAGAAGCACCAGAUGGCUGAUGGCUGGCGCUGCUAUGGAGACAUUAUGGAAAGGAUUCUGGAGCUGGAUAGAGAGGGCGGACAGAAAGGGAGAAUCACUGGGAGUAUUCAGCUGUUUGAGAAGGGUUGUCCUCUGACCUUAAGUACACUGGGGCCAUUCACAGUAUUUGUUCCUACUUUGAAAUCGCCAUUGUCCGGAGUCUUAGAAACAAGCCUGUGCAAACUGCAUAUUAUAAUUGGCCAGCAUCUCUACAGAGACCUGCAGGACAAAACUUUUUGGACUCUUGGCGGUGAAGAAAUUAGAUUCAAAGCCAAUAAGAAAUUUAUCUUCAGAAGAGACCCAGACACCCAAUAUUCAAUUAUUCAGAGUGAUGUUGCCGCAGCCAAUGGUAUUAUCCACAUUACUGAUAAGCCUAUAACAAACAUUCAUCCUAAAUAUUCUGAAAAUUAUGAGGAUGCCAAUAAAACCAUUGGAGAAAUUCUUGCAAAGGAUCCAAAAUACAACAGAUUUCAGUCCUUGGUAGAUAACUGUGGCACAUCUCUACCUUUGAAAAGCCCUGGAUCUUUCACUGUCUUUGUGCCAACUAAUGAUGCAGUGGAUCAAUUUAGAGAUGGCAGUUUAAUAUACAUGCUUACUAAUGCAAAACACAAGCUUCAGGAACUUUUGAAACAUCACAUUUACUCAUCUGCUGCGGUUACAGUGGACCAGCUCUCAAGUAUGUCUCAAAUCCAAACCAUGGCACAUCAAGUGAUCUUGGUUAAUGUCACCAGUGAUGGAAGACUCUUGUUGGGUGACAAAGGGGUAAUGUUAGAUACCCAGGAUAUAGUUGCCUCCAAUGGAAUAAUUCAUCUGAUAAAUGGAGUUUUUGUGCCUCCUUCCAUUGUUCCAAUCCUGCCACAUAGAUGUGAUGUGAAGGAACACAAAAUUACAGUGGGUCCAUGUGUUAGCUGCAGUUAUAUUUCUUCAACUCAGUGCCCAAAUGGAAGCAUUGAACUGGAUUAUGUUGACUGUAACUAUCAGUCUUCUCCUUUAAAUACUGUUCUGAACAGGAAAGGAUGUGCCAAAUACUGUAACACAACUAGAAUGAGACAAGAAUGCUGUAAAGGGUUUUACGGUCCUGAAUGUAAGCCUUGUUUAGGAGGAUUUCAGAACCCCUGCUAUGAUCAUGGGACUUGCAAUGACGGGAUUGAAGGGAAUGGAACAUGUAACUGUGCACCAGGCUUUAAGGGCAUUGCCUGUCAUAUAUGUUCAGACCCAAACAAACAUGGAGAAAUGUGCGAUGAAGAUUGCCAGUGCCUGCAUGGUGUGUGUGACAACAGGCCAGGCAGCCAAGGAGUGUGCAGGGCAGGGUCAUGUAAGGAGGGAUAUACAGGAGACUUCUGUGAGAAGACUUCAAAGCCCUGUGGCCCUGUGGGCUUGCUGGAAUACUGUCACAUUCAUGCUUACUGUAGCUACACUGGAGACAGCACAAAGUGUGUUUGCAUGUCAGGGUAUGAGGGAGAUGGACAUUCCUGCCUGCCCAUUAAUCCUUGUAAGAAACCCAAUAGAGGUGGAUGUUCAGCUAAUGCAAAUUGUGUCUAUGUGGGCCCAGGAAAUGCCUCUUGUGUGUGUAAUGAAGGCUGGUCAGGAGAUGGACAUGUGUGCGCAGAGAUUAAUAACUGCCUGCUGGAGAGCAGGGGUGGCUGCCAUAGCAAUGCAGAUUGCACUUACUUAGGCCCAGGACAGAGUGAGUGUGUUUGUAAGAAAGGCUACAUGGGAGAUGGUACGACAUGUGAUCUUAUAAAUCCUUGUUUGUCUGACAAUGGAGGCUGCCAUUCAUUGGCCAAGUGUAAGCCUUUGGAAGAUGGUGGACGUGAAUGUGUCUGCCCUCAGGACUAUGGGGGGAAUGGAGAAAUAUGCUAUGGCAACAUCUUAAUAGAGCUGGAAGGCAAUUCAGAUUUUUCCAGCUUUCACCAAUGGAUCAAGAAACUUUCCGAUUUUGAUCCUGGAAGCAAUGUAACAGCUCUCGUUCCAUCUGAAGAUGCUAUUAGAAGUUUAAAUGAAGAGGACGUGCAGUUUUGGACAGACCCUUAUUGGCUACAAUAUUUAAUUAAAGUACACUUUUUGGAAGGGGUAUUUACCAGCGAUGACCUAAAACUUCCAGCAAAUAAGAAUCUUUUGACACUCAACCCACACACAAAAUGGGAAAUAAAGAAUAGAAGUGGGGAAGUAAUGAUACAGAAUGCAAGUAUUUUCAUUGCUGACAUUCCUGCAGUGAAUGGAAUGAUUCACAUAAUAGAUAAGGUUUUAAGGCCACCGCUCACAGAUAUCCCCCCGCCACCCCCACCUCUGAUGGAGGUCCUUAAUAAAACACCUGCUUUCAGCCUCUUCAGAGAUGCCUUGUGGCACUACAACCUAAUUAGUGAGAUCCUUUCAUCAAAAAAAUUCACCAUUCUGGUUCCUUUUGAUAAGGCCAUUGAGAACCACCUCAACAAAACAAAUUCCAAUGCUCUGGAUGAAGAUGUGUUAAGAUACCACAUUAUAGUUAAAGAAAGACUUUUUCCUGAAGACUUGAAAAAUGGAAUCCUAAAAAGCACUUUGAUGGGUCAAUCUUAUCAGAUUAUGUUUCACAAUAAUAAGCAAAAUCAGACAUUUGCCAAUGAAGUUCCUAUGAAUGUACAUUUUAAUGAAACAAGAAAUGGUGUGUUAAUAGGCAUAAACCAGAUUUUAGAAAUUCAUAAAAACCGCUGCGACAAGAAUGUUACAUUAAAAGCCAAGGGACGAUGUGGUGCUUGUGAUGGAUAUCCCAGGUGCUCAGAAGGGUCCACUCCUCUAAAGCCUCUAUCAGCGACUGACUGCAAAUACAGAAAACCAAGAAGAGGGAAAAAAAAAACAACAUGGCGUACAGGUUGCGCCUACGAAUGUUUGAAAACAACUCUGGACCACAGCUGUUGUCCAGGUUAUUUUGGACAUUAUUGUUAUAAAUGUCCUGGAAAACCAGGAAGCUGGUGUUCAAACAAUGGCAAGUGCCAUGAUGGCAUUUUUGGGAAUGGAGAGUGUCUGUGCAAUGAAGGUUUUCAUGGUACAGCUUGUGAAAACUGUGAACCUGGACGGUAUGCAAAGGACUGUAAAUCAGUAUGCACCUGUAGUCAUGGAAAAUGUAUGGAUGGGAUAAAAGGAGAUGGGAGAUGUCUGUGUUACAAAGGUUGGAAAGGAGCGAAUUGUACGGUGGAAAUUGUGGCUGAUGCAUGCAAUGGUACCUGUGACCCAAAUGCCAACUGCAUCACAGAAAGAUUAGGGGCAACUCCUACCUGCUCCUGUUCAGCUGGGUACCAAGGAAAUGGGACAUUUUGUACAGAGAUCAAUCUGUGUGACACCGAUAAUGGGGGCUGCUCACAAUAUGCAAAUUGUAGUGAAACAAUACCUGGGGAGAGGAGCUGUACUUGUCAAGAAGGCUAUACUGGAGAUGGUGUUGUGUGCCUGGAGAUAGAUGGCUGUUUGGAAGACAAUGGAGGGUGUCAUCCCAAAGCUGACUGCAUUAAAACUGGGCCUAAUUUAGUUGGUUGUAACUGUAAAAGUGGCUACUCUGGUAAUGGAAAAUACUGUUUUCCUGUCAAUCCCUGCAGAGUGCUCAAUGGAGGCUGCAGUAUACAUGCCUGGUGUGAGUACACAGGACCAGGGACUCGGAACUGCACCUGUAGAAGAGACUACAUAGGAGAUGGCUUCAACUGUAAAGGCAAUGUCAACCAGGAAAUCUUACGUCACCCAGCAGCUGCUUGGUUCUACAGACAUCUAAGGAAAAACAGCCUCAAUGACUUAUCAGGCAAGGGGCCUUUCACAGUCUUUCUUCCUCAUCAAGAUUAUGUUCAAAAUGUCACGCUGGAAGACUGGACAAACACAAAUCGCACUCCUCACCUGCUGAGGUAUCACCUUGUAGGCUGCCAGAGUCUACAGCUGUCUGACCUCCAAUCUGUAAAGAAACUCAUCAGCCUGUCUGGACACUCCCUGCACAUCUCUGUUAAAGAGGACACUGUUUACAUAAAUGAGGAAACAAAGAUUGUCAUCAGUGACUAUGUUACAUCCAAUGGGGUACUGCAUUUUAUUGAUAAGGUUUUAAUACCUUAUGAUUUAAAGAACAAAAGUGGAGCACUACAGACCUCGAUGAAUCUUACUGCUACAGCAGAAGCUCAUGGGUACUCCAUAUUCAGCAAACUACUUCAGGAUGCUGAAUUGCUGUGUAUGGUGCAAAAUGCUCUGCAUCAGCCUUUCACAAUGCUCUGGCCAACAGAUGAGGUUUUCAAUGGUCUUCCUGAGGAAAGGAAAAAAUGGCUCUACAGUGAAGAUCACAGGGACAAACUAGCAGCAUAUAUCAAAGUGCACAUGAUCAGGGAUGCAAAACUUUUGGCUGUGAAUUUACCUCAUCAGCAGAGUCUCAGAACUAUGUAUGGGUCGUCGAUCUCAUUUAGUUGUGACAAGAAUUUGUAUGGAGAUGUUUUGGUUGAUGAUGGGAAUGCUAAAAUUAUUGAACGACACAUCAUGUUUGAUGUUGGAAUCGCUCAUGGGAUUGAUCAGCUCCUGGAACCUCCGAAUAUGGGCGCUCGUUGUGACAAUUUUACUGAAACAAAGUCUUAUGGACGUUGUGGCAGCUGCCUUUAUCCCCCAUCCUGUUAUUACGGAACGGUACCAACUGGUGAAAUUGACAGAUGCAGAUAUGAAGAUUUCCUAUUCAGUCAACCAUGGAGAAGAAGAUACAGUCUGUUUGAUGAUGACAUCAUACCAUAUCGUUAUGGUAGACACUUUGGGAGAUUCCGUACUCAUUCAGAAGGCUGUAGGAAAGAAUGUGUUUAUGUCACCUGGGUCCCUAAGUGCUGCAAAAACCAUUAUGGAAGAGACUGUCAAGUGUGUCCCGGAGGUCUGGAAUCUCCUUGCAGCAACCAUGGAGUUUGUACAGAUGGGAAAUAUGGGACAGGAUAUUGCACUUGUGAGGCAGGCUUCACUGGGACAGCCUGUGAACUCUGUGCACCCAAACGCUAUGGGCCAAACUGUACAGAAUGUACAUGUGCUGAAAAUGGCAAGUGUGAUGAAGGCCUUGAGGGGGAUGGAAGCUGCUUUUGCCAAGAGGGAUGGAAUGGGGACCGCUGUGAGAUCAAACUGGGAAUGAAGCCUAUUUGUGAACCCAAAUGCGAUCCUAAUGCAGUUUGCCAACCUGGAAACAUUUGUGUUUGUGAUACAUUAUAUGAGGGGGAUGGGAGAAACUGCACUGCUCCAGAUUUCUGCAGCGAUAAUAGUGGAGUGUGCCAUGAGCAUGCUGACUGCACUCAGAUAGAUGUCAAUGUCACAUGCUUGUGCAAGCUGGGCUAUACUGGGGACGGCUACUCCUGUUCGGCUAUUAACAGAUGUGUGGAGGAGGACAAUGGUGGAUGUGAUGAUUUUGCUACGUGCAUUUUCACUGGUCCUAAUGAGAGAAGAUGUGAAUGUAAUGUAGGUUAUGUGGGAAAUGGCAUUCAGUGCUUGGAAAAGGCUGUUCCACCUGUUGAUCGCUGUGAGGAGGAGAAUGGAGGCUGCCACCCUGAAGCCACCUGCACUGAUGUGCAUUUUCACGAAAGAACUGCUGGGGUGUUUCACUUAAGAUCUACUGCAGGAAAGUACAAAUUAAACUACACUGAAGCUAAGGCUGCAUGCCAGGCUGAAGGAGCUACAUUAGCAACAUUUUCUCAAAUGUCUGCAGCACAGCAGCUUGGUUUCCAUUUAUGCACUGCUGGCUGGAUAGAUGGCACACGUGUUGGGUAUCCAAUCACAUUCCCUUCUGUCAAAUGUGGCAAUAACCAUGUGGGAAUAGUUGAGUACAAAGAUCCAGUUGAAUCAAACAAGUAUGAUGCUUUCUGCUUCAGACUUAAAGAGGUGAAAUGUGUUUGUAGAAAUGGAUACAUAGGUGAUGGAGAUUUCUGCAAUGGAAACUUUCUGAAUGUAGUGGCUACCCAAGCUAAUUUUUCACUGUUUUAUUCUAAAUUGUUGGAGUAUGCCAAUUCAUCUGUAAAGGGAGAAGAGUUUAUUAAUUUUCUUUCCAAUGCAUCUAUAUUUGAAACCUUGUUUGUACCUGCAAAUACUGGAUUUGGAGGAAAUGAGACAUUAUCCUGGAGGGACCUGGAGUAUCAUGUCUCUGUUAACAACAGCUUCACUUUCUAUGCUGACCUAUCCCAUGGCAAAGUCAUACCUUCUAGACUGGGUUACAACCUCUCUGUGGCAGGCACUAGCCUCAUAGGCAGAUCACUCACAAAUGGCUCCAAACUGAUAAAUGAACAGCUGAUCAUAGAGUGGGAUAUCCCAGCUACCAAUGGAAUCAUCCAUGUAAUUGAAAAGCCACUGAGGGCACCACCUGUACCACCUCUGGCCAACACAGAAGACCCUCAGACUCAGUCCAAGUCUCCUGGUCCCGCUGUGGCCGCUGUUCUGGGUGUGGUCCUUUUCACUGUAAUUGUUGGAGGUCUUCUGUACUAUUACUUUAAACACAAGAACGAGGGAUUCCAGUUUCACUAUUUCAAGAGUGAUGAGGAUGAUGAUGACAGCUUGUCCACGGGAAGAGAAGAUAAUCCAGCACUGGUGUCCAUUCCCAACCCCCUCUAUAGUGGAUACAACUCAUUUGCAGAGCCUUUUGGUGAGGAACCAGAAGGGGAUGUUGCAGACACACACCAUAUUCUUGACUAGCCUGAGGAAUAUCAAGGACAAGCUCACUGCUCAAUUUCCUGUUGGAGUGCACAUCCUGAGGAGAACAGCCUUGAUCUCCUGGAGUAAAAAUAAAAUGCACUGGCUACAGUGUUUAUCAGGCAUCACUGGAAAUAAGCUGGAAAAUAAGAGAUACCAGAUCACUAAUUAACACAGGAGUGGUGAUAGAAGUUGAUUUAGUUGGUAAAGCACUUUUAUCUAAACAGUGCUGAACGUACAAACUACAUAUAAAUGUAAGUGACUAAACACUUAAUAAAAGCUGUUCUAUA